AACCGAACACAUGGCGUAUCGUGUGCUGCUUGUAUGCCUACUGUGGGUGCGGUGACGUCGUCGUGGGCGUCGUUGAAGCAACAUGGGCUGUUCAUGUCCGCUUUGACCACGUUCGGGCAGUUGAGUGCUGUGUUCGCGAUGCCUGUGGCAGGAGAGCUGUGCUCUUCAUCACUCGGCUGGGAGGCGGUAUUCUAUGUUCAUGCAGUCGUCACAUUCACCUCGUUUGUUGGGUGGUUCUUCCUCUACACCAAUAACCCUGAGAAUCAUCCGCUUGUUUCAAAACACGAACUUGCCGUCAUCAACAGCGGAAAGUCGAUAGAAAACUCGAAAAGCACCAUACCGUAUCUGGAAAUUCUGACGACACCAAGUGUGUGGGGAGUUUGGAUUGGUGCACUAGGAGAUCUGAUUGCAGUGCAGCUAAUCCAUACAUUCUCACCACUUUAUAUCCGGGAAGUGCUACAGUACUCUGUAGAGCACACAGGAUUCGCUGCCGCUCUUCCAGUUCUUUUUCAGUUCUUCGUCAAGGUAUUCGCGGGUCACAGCAGCGAUCAGAUUCGUCGAGUUUCCGAAACGACAAAAAUCCGAUUCUUCAACUCGAUUGCAUUGGGAGUCAGUGCCAUCUUCCUAUGCGGGUUGGCAUUUGUCCGUCAAGGUGAUGGCGUUCUUGGGAUCGUGCUGAUCACGCUUGCUACGGCCAUGUUCGGUUUUAACGGUGGAGGUUUCAAUAAGUGCUACCUAACGUCGCAAAGUCAAACGUCCUGCAUGUCAACCAUUAAUGCAACUACAAUAAUGCUGAGAUAUUUGCAAAACUCCUCACCGCAGGAAUGGCGGUUAGUGUACUUGGCACAUGCGGCCGUGCUCGUUCUUUCGAACGCGGUGUUCUGUCUACUAGCCACCGCCAAGCCGGCACCGUGGACUGAUCCGUCGAUCACGAAUCCGUCAGCGCGAAACACACCGAUGAUCGCUCGUAGGCUGAAGGUCUAA